UGAGAUAAUAUUUCAGAAUUGUUUUGAUUUGCAUUUCUAAAUGAAAGGUUUUAAAAUGUAAGUUAGAUUAACAUUAUAUCAGAGUAACUGAUACAGUCCAAUUUUUAUAAUUUUAUGGUAGUUUGUUGCUUUAUUUAUAUUUUCUUUCCUCUGUCAUUUCAUAGCAGGUAGAAAACAAUGGGACCAACAACAACAAUGGUAUGGAAACUACUAAAGAAACUGAGAAAGUAAAUGAUGCUUUUAGAAUUAAAGGAGAUGACAUUAUUUCUGACAAAGGAUAUGGAAAGGAUAUGGCAGGGAAGUUUAACAAUGAACCUGUUGGAAACAACCUGAAAAUUAAUCUUGGAGGCAAAGGUGGACCCAGCAACACUGGCAGUGAAAGCAAUAGUGAUGGAUAUGAUGAGAGCUAUGAUUUUGACAAUGAAUCUAUGCAAAGAGAUGACCCUGAUAGCACUAAUGAUGAUGCCAAGUCUGAAAGUGAGGAUAUUAGUAAUAGUAAGAGCAAUGAUUCUGAGGAACCUGAUGAAUCAAUUGGUGAUAGCAAUGGCAGUGACUCACCAGAAGGAGAUGAAGAUAGUGACAGUGCAUCAGACACUAAUGAUAGUGAUAGUACUCAUCAUGGCAGCAAUAGUGGUGACAAUAGUAAUGGAAAUGGUGGUAGUGAUAGUAAUGACAGUGAUAGCAAAUCUGAUAUUGAUAACAAAUCUGAUAGCAAUGACAGUAGUGACAGCAGUGAUAGCAGUGAUAACAGUGAUAGCAGUGACAGUAGUGAUAGCAGUGAUAGCAGUGACAGCAGUGAUAGUAGUGACAGCAGUGACAGUAGUGACAGCAGUGAUAGCAGUGACAGUAGUGAUAGCAGUGAUAGUAGUGACAGCAGUGAUAGCAGUGACAGCAGUGAUAGCAGUGACAGUAGUGACAGCAGUGACAGUAGUGACAGCAGUGAUAGCAGUGACAGCAGUGAUAGUAGUGACAGCAGUGACAGUAGUGAUAGUAGUGAAAGCAGUGACAGUAGUGAUAGCAAGUCUGAUAGCAGUGACAGCAGUGAUAGCAGUGACAGCAGUGAUAGCAGUGACAGCAGUGAUAGCAGUGAUAGUAGUGACAGCAGUGAUAGUAGUGAUAGUAAAUCUGAUAGCAGUGACAGCAGUGAUAGUGACAGCAGUGGUAGUGACAGCAAAUCUGAUAGCAGUGAUAGUGAUAGCAAAUCUGAUAGCAGUGAUAGUGAAAGUAGUUCUGAUAGCAGUGACAGCAGUGAUAGUGAUAGUAAAUCUGAUAGCAGUGACAGCAGUGAUAGUGACAGCAAAUCUGAUAGCAGUGACAGUAGUGACAGCAGUGAUAGUGACAGCAAAUCUGAUAGCAGUGACAGUAGUGACAGCAGUGAUAGUGACAGCAAAUCUGAUAGCAAUGACAGCAGUGACAGCAGUGAUAGCAGUGACAGCAGUGAUAGUGACAGCAAAUCUGAUAGCAGUGACAGUAGUGACAGUAGUGAUAGUGACAGCAAAUCUGAUAGCAGUGACAGCAGUGAUAGCAGUGAUAGUGAUAGCAAAUCUGAUAGCAGUGAUAGUAGUGAUAGUGAAAGCAGUUCUGAUGGCAGUGACAGCAGUGAUAGUGAUAGCAAAUCUGAUAGCAGUGAUAGUAGUGACAGUAGUGAUAGCAGUGACAGUAGUGACAGCAAAUCUGAUAGCAGUGACAGCAGUAGCAGUGAUGAUGACAGUACAUCUGAUAGUGAUAAUAACAACCAUCAGGGCAAGGGCAAGUCUAAUAACAGAAAUGACAGUGACAGUGACAGUGACAGCAGUGUCAGUGAAGGCAGUGACAGUAACCAUUCAACAAGUGAUGAUUAGAACAAAGGUCAGGAGGUAGAAAAGUUUCUUCUGUGAAAAGUCCAAGUAAUUUCUAAGAAUUAAAAUUUUCUGGAAAAGUACAAGCAAGAAGAAAGAAUGAAAUGAAAGUCAGGUAUCACCUCGGACACAACUACAAAAAUUAUCAAGCUGUCAGAACUGGAGUCAAAGAAAAACUAACUCAGAAGUAUUCUGAAUGCUUGAUCUGGAUGUGUUUUAAGUUAGUAGGUAAAAAUGUUACAUAAAUAUAGAUGUACUCAAUGAUAAUGAAAUUUCUUUGUGUUUUAACUUAAAUUCAAAGGCAAAGUAAAAUAUGAAACAAUAGUGGAAAAAUACUGUUUAGGUUCACAAUACCUAAAAGCUUAAAUCUUCACUGGGUUGCCAAAUGGCAACUUACAUUUCACAAAUUACAGGUUCCAAAAAGUUCUAUAGAAUGCUUCCCAUAAGCAAUAACAGUUACAAACAAGUAUGCGGCAUUGUCAUGCUCCAGAAAGCAUGAAUUCUGUAUGACUACACUCAAUCAAGGAAGGUUUAUUUGAUAUCUAGAUGCUCUGGUUUUGGCACCAUUAUUUGAUCUAAUACCCUACUUUAUGUAAAGUGGAAGGAUAAUUAAUCUCUGUAAAGAAUAUAUUCAUCAUAGUCUUCAGAGCAUUAUUUUGACAAGUGCUUCUGAUUCUAAGUAUUGAAGUAUAACAUUUUAAUGAAAAAGUAUAGCUGUAAGCCACCAGGAAUUUAGCAUAACUUUGUUUAUGGAACUCAGGGAGAUUCACGUUCUAAAUCUAGUGCUGUGAUCUCCAUGUAUAACUUUAAAAAUUAGCCACACAAUAUUAUGUCUUGGUUAUCAUAAAAUGAUUUGUCUAUAUAAGCAUUGGCUGAUUUAGAAUAAAUUUAUCUUUUAAGAACUGAACCUCUCUUAAGAGUCACAUCAAGUUCUCAGAUAUCUCCCUGGUCUAGACACGGUCUAUGGUCUUUAAGUCAGUAGCAGUUUAAAAAUCACCUGGAAAUGUUCUUUUUACUUCUUGGAUAAUGUUUGCAACCAAAGGUCACAGAAGACCCUUUAAUUGGUUUUCAAUGAAUACCAGUAAUUUUCAGUCAAGGAUGUAUUCCCAAGCCCUUUCAAUUAGAGGAAUGCUAUAACCUAAAUAGCAUUUUAGAAGAUAUGUAACUCACAGAUAUAUUUAAAGAUUCCAUUAUGAUCUAAACGAUGGCAUGGGGGAAUCCCUUCACUUUUCCCUUAUUUUAUUUUAGAUUUGGACUUGAGGUUUCAUCUGAGAACUCUCAUUGUAGAAACUCCUUUCACAGAUCAGCGACUCAGCCACAAUUUGCAGACUUAGAAAGCUGCCAAGUUAAAUGAAAACUAAUGUGACUUGUAUAAUUCUGGUUAUGGGUCAAAGAUGAUAGGAAUCCAGUCUUCUUGAGUUCAAGUCUAGUACUUUACCUUCUCUAACACGAUGCCUCCUUUGUACAACUAAUUAUCCUUUUGACUGAUUGCUCUAAUAGAGUUUCAAAUAUAGUUUGCUCCCUUCCUUGACUGAUUCUAAAACUUAAAGAGAUGGUCACAGGUCAUAGAGCAUUUUGUUCACUACAUGCAUUGGGGUCUGGGAGCGUGAGGCAAGUAUUCUUAAUCCUCUCUUACAGAUGAAGACAUUGAAGCUGAGAGAGGGUAAAUGACUUGGUGAUUAGUACCAUAAGUGCCACAUCUCACAUUUGAACCAGCCUCUUAAAUUCAUUGUCCUUUCCAAUAAGCUAGGUUACUGUAGAGGUGUAUUUUAUUUUCUUUGUUGAUUUGAUUUGUUUGUUAAAUUUCUAAUGAAAUCUUACUCUGAUGCCUUCAAGUGAUAUGUAAGAGAUCCUAGCUUCUCAAAGGCUAUGCCAGUAAAGUCUAUGUUCUUGCUGGUCCUACCAAGCUUGGAAAAGUUACAAGUAGACUAGGAUUGAAGUGCCAAAUAUAGUUGGAAUGGCUAUAUUGAGAUUUUUAUUGCAUUGUGGUAUUUAAAGGAUGCAGUUAAUAUUUUCUUUUGUGCAUAAAUUUAUAAUUUCUCUGUGCUCUGUUUUGUGUCCUGUAAUUCAAAGGGUGGGUUCAAUUUGAGCCAAGAAAUGAGUUCUGAUUAGAGGGAGAGGAUGCUUCUGGAGGCCUUGUUCUCCAAAGAGGGAUAGUGUUUCUUGGGACUACUUUCCACCCCAGUAAAAGUAAUAUCAGCAUCCUAGGGGGGAAAGGUUACAGUUAUCCCUUCCACAUCUCAGCUUUCUCUAUCGUGGUUUUGAUAUAUUGUGGGUUGGCAUAAGAAAUUAAAUGGGAAUAUUUGAGGUGUUUUGUGGAAGGUACAGAGGACAUUCAAAGGUCAGCAAAGGCAGACAACCCAGAAGAAGUUUAGAAAUGCAUAUUUAACCCCAAAUUUACAAUGAGGUACUGUAAAUAUACUCUAAAAGAAAAAAAAAUUCAGAUGUCUUUUCUGGUACUAAGGAAAAGCCAAAAAAUUUUACAUGAGUUUUCCAGAUCAUGGGGAUGCUGUACCCCUAACAACUGUAUUAUGGUCCCCAGGCUGUCAAUUUGACAGAGAAUGAGAGAGAAGAUAUUAAUAAAAAUAUGCUUAAGGGAUAAGGGACUUGGGGUGGUUGCUUCUAUAGGGGUAGUGGAAGUAGAGACUAAGGGAGGAAGAUAAAACCACAAUGACUAAAUGCAUAAGUAAGUAAGAAAGCAUAGACUUAAUUAUAUGCUUAAAUGAAAAUGGAUUUAACUCUUCUAUAAAAUGAAGGAAAAUGGAAUAAUGGAAAACAAAAAACUCAACAAACUGUUGUAUACAAGAAACACCUGUAAAACAUAUAGAAAAAAAAUUUUUAUCUGUGUUAUCUCUAUCAUUGUUAUUCAUGUAGUUAUAGCUUCUUUGAUUUGUUUUUGUCAUCAAUAAUUUUGAUUUGCAUCUUUUGCUUGUGCUCUCUAAAUUAAGAUUUUCAAUAAUUUUGCUUUUUGCAGAAAUUAAUAAUUUCUCUGUGCUCUGUUUUGUAGCAUAUAAUUUUUAUGUAUCCUAUUCUCUGUGUCUGUUUAUAAAAGUCACAUAGUAAUAUUACCAUUCAGAAAAUUCUGUCUUUCAGAUGUAGUUUCCCAUUAUUUGCUCACUUCCAUUUCUCUAUUUUUUUGGGGGGUUGAUCUUUCUGAUGUAUUUAUCCAAGUCAUGGAGAACAUUAAAAUCUCUUCCUAUUAUGCCUCUCUUUUUUCUGAAUGUAUACAUUUUCAUUGAUUAGGGCAUAUUUUGUAGGGUAUGUCAUUUGGAGUUUCAGUCUAAGUUCCUUUUUUUUUUAACAUAGUCUGUUUC